AUGAAUCCCGACAGAAAAAAGGCGAAGGAGCUCGAGGCACGACUGCGUGAGCUUGAAUGUGAUCUUGAGGAUGAGCGUCGGAGAAAUGCGGACUCACAAAAAUCAGCGAGAAGGAUGGAACGGAAGCUCAAAGAAACUAAGCUUAUCUCCUCUGACGAAAAAGAACAAAUCGCACGGCUCUUAGAACAAGCUCAGAGGCUCCAGUCACAAGCAAAGAAGUAUCAAAAGGUUGCACAAGAGCAAGAAGAAGCAGCAAACCAAUAUAUGAAUAAGUAUCGUCAAUUGCAGCACGAGCUUGAUGCUGUUGAAGAGCGCGCGGAUAUGGCUGAAUCUGCCCUUUUGAAAAUGAGAGCUCCGAAGUCAUUUGGGCAUUAA